CAGAGGUACAGAGAGAGAGAGAUGAGAAGUUUGGGUAAACUUAGCAGCAUUCUGGUGUUGUUUGUGGUGGUCUUCAUUACAAAGUUCGAAGAAGGUUUGGGUGCUUGGCAGAGUGCCCAUGCGACGUUCUACGGAGGGAGUGAUGCUUCAGGGACAAUGGGAGGAGCAUGUGGGUAUGGGAAUCUGAAUACCGAUGGCUACGGAAUUAAAACAGCGGCAUUGAGCACAGCUCUGUUCAACAAUGGCAAAGCAUGCGGAGGUUGUUAUCAGAUUGUCUGUGACUCCACCAAGGUGCCACAGUGGUGCUUGAAGGGCACCCACAUCACCAUUACGGCCACCAACUUCUGUCCUCCAAACUACGCUCUCCCUAACGACAAUGGCGGAUGGUGCAACCCACCACGCCAGCACUUCGACAUGUCACAACCUGCAUUUGAGACGAUUGCUAAAUAUAAGGCAGGAAUUGUACCUAUUUUCUACAGGAGGGUUCGAUGUCAUAGAAGUGGAGGAAUCAGGUUUACAAUCAAUGGACGGGAUUACUUUGAACUGGUGCUCAUUUCCAAUGUAGGGGGUGCUGGAGAGAUAUCUAAUGUUUGGAUCAAAGGAUCCAAGCAAACCAAAUGGGAGGCUAUGUCGAGGAAUUGGGGAUCAAACUGGCAGAGCUUAACCUAUCUCAACGGCCAAAGCUUGUCCUUCAGAAUCCAGACCAGCGAUGGAAAGACUCGCACAGCCUUGAACGUAAUUCCUUCCAACUGGAAGUUCGGCCAAUCCUUCUCUAGCAGUGUUCAAUUCUAAUCAAUAUUUAUGCGUGUGAUUAUGUGUCUGUGUGUGCCAAUUGGUUGUCUCCUGGCCUGGGAAUUAAGGGGUUUCAGUUUGUAAUGUUAAGAGAGGGAAUUAAUUAAUUAAUUAAUUAAUAUUAUAGCUAGUUAGGGUUGUGGCUUAAGUAUAUAAUAUACAAAGCCCACCCACUAAAUUUUAAGCAAUAGAUGCAUUUCUUAUGUACCGCCGAUACUGGUCCAAGGGAAAUUUUCUUAUGUUCUUAUGUAACUGUGAAAAACUUGCACCAGGAAAAAGAUAAUAAUAAACUUUGAAAAAAGAUCCCUACAAAGUAAAUUUCCUUCUUAAAUUUGUUACCGCAAUAUUUCACCUUCGGUUGUGUUUGGUUGCAGUGCAAUUUUAGUUGCAUUGGUAAAAAUGCAUGAUAGUGCAA